GCCUAGUCCGUGAGAAGCAAAAAUGGUAGCUCGCCAUGAAACUCGUGCCGAUAGGCAAGCCUUCCUGAGCCGCUUGAACAACGUACAAAGUGAUGAAGAUCGAGUGCGUCUUUCUAGGGAGCACAAGCAGUUUCUUAACGGCGAACGCUCCACGGACGCCGACUUCGCGACUGCACCCCAAACGCCACGACUAGCACGGGUCCUGAGACCACCUCCUAUGGGCAAAGACGCGGCAUACAUGCUAGCAAACAAGCGCUUAGCGUCGGAGAUGCGCAAGGCUAUUGCCGCGAAGACCGUAGCUGGUUCGGGGAAGAAGGCCAUUGAGAAAAAGAAGGAGAAAGAGGAAGACGAGGCGUGGGCACCGGGCGACGACGAAGCUGAUGACGAUAACGAUGACAGCGUUUUCGAGGAGGCGGGGUUGAAUGAUGAAGAUUCUGAAGCAGAGGAUGUGGGCCAGAAAGUUUCAAAGACAGCAGCAAAAACGAAAGCAGCAGCGAAAAAUUUGACAGCCAAGAUAACCUCCAAGAAGCCCCGCAAGAGGAGUUCUCGUACCCUCGCAAAAGAUGCAAGAAUCGCAGAGGCAGCAGCUAAAAAGUGUGCAGCAGCGAAGAAGCGGCAAGAUCGGGCAAGCGCUGCACAACGUGCUGGGAAAGACGCCAAGGAAGCCGCCCUGUUACGACUUGGAGCUGCUACAAACAAGAAACGCAAUGCUGGCAAUGAAGAUGUAUCGAAGCGCCGGACAAGCCUGCAUGAGCCUUUGCCAUUGGGUGGCAUGGAUAGAGCGAAGCGAAGUCCCUAGUGUAGAUAUCCCUGCAGCUCUACCACCACCAGAUGCCGUUCCACCACCGGUGCUGGAUGACGAGACGACUGCUACGGAUGAUCACGGUUUUGACGGUUCAAAUAUCGAUGGGUUAGACCCUAACUUCAAUGAUUUAGAGGCGCUGAACUCGGAUUGUGACGACGAUGAAGACGAAAUGACCUUUGAUGAAAGCGUGGCGAACAAUGACCCUGAUGCUCCUGAUGAAAUUCCAGUAGGCGCAAAUGAUGCGACUAUUGAAGAUCCUGUUGGCACUACUGUAUUGCAAGAUGAGCCUACGUCUGUGGCAGACGAUGGAGAAACUGAGUGGCCUGUGCUAAAUCAAGACGAGAUGGUGGGAUUUGUAAAAAACGAAGCUGCAUUAGCGAGAAUGCGAAGAAGCGGUUGGUAUCUCGCUCCUGAUGAGUUUCCUCCAGAUCAACACUAUCCUGGGUUGUACAAUGGUGUCACUGGGCCGACAGAUGAACUCAAGGCAUUGGCAGACUCCCCCCUCGAUCUGUUUCUCUAUUUCAUGCCACGAACACUGUGGGAGACUAUCGCACAGCAGUCUACGUUGUAUCACGAACAGCAUUUGGUUGAAAGAGUAGAGAGGAUGUUUGAGAAGCAGCGGGUAGCUGGCAGAAAAACAAGAGAGGAGUUCAUGGAACAAGAGGCGAGGCACGGAGAUAUCAAACCACACGAAAUUGUUGUACUGCUGGGUCUCCUUAUUGCCCGUAUGAUCAAUCCGCAGCGGCGCCACUUCUACGAUCACUGGUCUACUACUUCCGUUGGUGCUAUUCCUGCUGGAACCUUUGGAAAAUUCAUGAAGAGAAACCGCUUCACGUACAUCCUUUCGAACCUCCACUUCACGGACAAUGCAGAUGAACGGGCAGGCCAAGACAGAGCUUGGAAAAUUAGGUCAGUUGUAGAUACUCUACAACUGACCUUCAAAGCUGGGUUCAUAGCUCCAGCCGUCAUCGCGUUCGAUGAGGCGAUGAUCCCCCUCCAGAAUCAACACAAUCCGACCCGGCAGUACGUUGCGAACAAGCCCCACAAAUGGGGAACUAAACUCUUCAUGACGUGCUGCGCCCAAACUUCAUACUGCCUACGGUAA